AUGUCCGCCACCUUUAUCGGCAACAGCACGGCCAUUCAGGAGCUGUGCAAGCGCAUCUCGGAGCAGUUCAUAGCCAUGUUCCGGCGCAAGGCCUUCCUGCAGUGGUACACAGGUGAGGGCAUGGACGAGAUGGAGUUCACUGAGGCUGAGAGCAACAUGAACGACCUGGUGUCCGAGUACCAGCAGUACCAGGACGCCACGGCCAAGGAGGAGGGAGAGUUUGAGGAGGAGGUCGAGGAGGAAGUGGCACAGAGCCGCCUGUCACUGGGUAAAGCGCGGAAGCGGCGUGAGCUCUUUAUUCACUCACAAGUUGUUCUGAUAGCCCCGUCUCGCUGUGUGUGCACCUGCUGUUCUUCCUGUCUUGACAUCACACGCUGUACAGACACCACCAUUAAAGCAUUUUCAUAGUG